GUGGAAACAGCAAGAUGGAAUGACAUUAUGCCGACCACCCAGGAGCACACCCAGUCAAUUGACAGCGACCCGGAAGCCCACAGUGCGCUGUUCAAGGAGAUCAUGGAAUCCAUCGAGGUCGUCUUCACACACUUUUCCCAGCCAGAGGGAUUUCUGGCUGAACGCCUUGGGGAUGCCAUGCGCGUUCUCCGGAUGAACCCCACGGAAGAAGAGGUCCGCAAGCACUUGGCAGAUCUUGGGGGGCCCCAGUACAUUGACGAAAGGACGUUUCACCAUUUCAUCAAGGAUGAAUUGAUCAAGCAUUUCGAGAAAGUUCAGGUAGUGGUUGACUACUUGAAGCAAUAUGACAAGGACGGCAAAGGUGCCUUGUCCAGGGAAGAAUUGCAAGAAGCGAUGCGAGGAAGAGAGUGCCAGGAACUCCAGGCAAGUGUCGCAAAGGUGCCGAGCAACAGUCAAGGUCACCUAGACAUUGUGGAGCUGGCAAAGUGUUUCUUGGAGCUUAGCGACUUUCAGGAUCCCUUCCAGAUUUUGGCCUCCACAGAUGCUGUGUUCAAAUACUUCUCCAAGCCGUGUGGAGUGCCGGCUGCUCGACUCGGGCAUGCCAUGCGUGUUCUUGGGAUGAACCCCACGGAAGAUGAGGUGGAGAAGCGUUUGACGGAUCUGGGGCGUCCGGAGUACAUCGACCAAAAUGUGUUUCACAAUCUCAUGGAGGAAGAAUUGGGAAAGCCGAUUCCGAAAGUUCAGGAAUUGCUAGACUAUCUGAAGCAGUUUGAUAAGGACGGCAAAGGUGCCUUGUCCAAGGAGGAACUACAAGAAGUGAUGAGAGGAAGUGAGCUGAGCCCGGAUGAAGUCCAGGCCAGUCUUCGGAAGAUGCCGAGGAACAGUGAUGGUCACCUCGACAUCGCGAAGCUAUCCAAGUACUUCUUGGAGCUUGGCGGCUCUCAGGUUGGGACUGAGACAGCCAGGCGGGACGUCGCCUCCAGGGUGCGCGAAGCCAUUGUUCGGAUAGCCGAGGCAGAGGCUCAAUACGACUUGAAGGACGCAAAGGCGUUCGCGCAAUUCCUCCAGGAUGCAGACGUACGUUUGGUUCGUGCCAGGUACCUCACUGAGCUGGUCCGUUCCGGACGCCCAUUACCACGUCGCCAAGAACUUGAGUCUAAGACCUUUGUUCCUCCAAACUCCGAAGAGGCUGAAACAGCCUUGGUGAGCCACCAGGAAGUACAGACCUGGGCUGAAGGAAAUAGGGAUGCGAUCAUCUGCUCGAUCUCCCAUGCUUGGGAGACUCGCGAGCAUCCAGAUCCUUGUAGGUAUCAGCUCGAGCAUAUUGUGCAGCGUGUUGUCUUGUACGAAGCUGCUUUCAAAGCUGAUGUUUGGGUGUUUUACGAUUAUGCAUCGUUGUUCCAAUUUGAGCGGUUCUCUCCUGAAGAACAAAACAGCUUCGGAGCAGCCAUGCAAAAUAUGCAUGUGAUGUACGCGCACGAGCAUACGCUGACCCUGCGUAUCGAAAGUCUCACACCAGAUGAUGUCUGGAAUCGCAUGAUGGCCAACGAGACGGAACUUGUCCCUGUUUAUGACAAGGACGAGAAGAAUGUCGUAGCCAAACCCUUGAAGGAUUUGUUUCCAAACCGGAACGCGUACACGUCUCGCGGAUGGUGUAUGGCAGAGGUGGAAUGGAGUUCACUCAGGACGGUAAAUCUCCAGCACCAAAGAAUCGAUGGAGUCGAUGACCACUCAGAUGAUGGCAGCCGCGUGAAACUGAAUGGCAGGAUCCCGAUGACCCCUGCAAAGUUUCGCUCCAAAAUGGAAGAGGCGGUCUUUACUCACAGAUCCGAUGCGGAAAGCGUCAUCCGUUUGCAAGCAAAGAUAUUCUUCGAAAAGGUGACGGUGUGUGAGCACCUGGAGUUGGAAGGCCUUCCGGCCGAUCAAGUGCUGGCGUUGGCUCAUGCUUUGCCACUCUACAAGAACUUGAAAAGCUUGGUGCUGAAAACCUUUCGAUGUGACGAAGAGCAGGUUGAAGCCCUUGCAAAGGCACAUUGGGCACAUUGACCUUUGUCAUCGCUUGAUCAUGCAACGUCUUGUGCAUUCUUCAGUGUGCAUGUGUCGACUCGCGCCCAUGGAAGGCAUUCGCAACCAGCGGAUUGCAAAUGCUCACAAUCGACAAUGACGACGCCAAGAGCACUACACUCAUGGUCAAGGCCAAGAUUCUUUUUGCGCACGUGCAACUGCGCCAGAGAACUCAAGCCUCCGUUCAUGCGUUUGGCUCUUCAUCGUCAUCCUCCUCUUCAACCUUCAGCUCGUCUUCACCAAUGCACCCAACAUACUUGGGAGAUCAAAACAGGCCAACCCGCCCUUGCAUAAGCAAAAACUGUUGCAAGGUGUCAUACAAAUCCCUCUGAGGGAGGGCAACAUAAGGUCCUGUCUGGACGGUACAGUAUUGUGUCCAACGCAUACUCCAGC